AUACGACAGUUUAAGUACUCAGCACACUUUUGCUUAAUAAUUUAGACUUUCGUGAAACACACACACAGAAGCGGAUGUGUAUAUUUUUCGGCAUAACACACAACAUUUCUUAAUUAAAUCGAAUCGCAGUCAGUCAGUUUCAUUCUCUCUUUCAAUCGUGUCGGACGCGAGCAGCGCAAGUACGAUUUGUAGCGCAAAGAGAACGGCCAUUUUGACGCACGCAUUUUGUGCGAUUACAAAAUACAAAAAAAAUACAUACAUAAUCCACAAGUAAUAAAUAUACUUCCAAAAAUUAUUGCACAAAAAUUUACAAGUGAAGCAAAACGUGACCCAAAUUUGUGGGCGGAAGAAGAAGCCACAGGCGAGACAGCAGCAAAAAAGGUGCUAGACGACGCGUCGUGUCUUUAUCUGUGAAUUAAGUGCAAGAAUUUUCCAUUCGCGUUGAGAACGUACGCGCGACAGUGGCGGUGACGGCGUUUCCUUUGUAUACAGCAAGGCAGGCAACACGCGCUUUAUCAUCAACGUUCCCAAUUCUUCAGUUCAAAUGAAGCAAUAACGAGGACAACGCCGAAAUCAAAACCGCAAAGCAGCAACUAAGCUAAAAUGCUCGAAUCACCAACAAAUAUUGAGAGUAGUGAUUGCUAUGAUGGCAGCCGCAUUUUUACCUGGCUGGCCGACAUGGUUGGGCUCUCUGUUGAUUUGGUCAACUUCUUAAUAUGCCAAAUAUCAGCGCUCUUCCUAGCCUCGCUCUUCCGUUCGUUUCUCCAUCCAUCUAAGGUGUCCUGCGAGGUGCGUCACGCAUUUGGAUUGUCAUUGGGACUGACCUUUGGCUACUUUUGCUUUGGCCAACAGGCAAUUCACAUCGCUGGACUUCCCUUAAUAUGCUACAUUGUCAUACGCACACAAGAUCCACGCAUUGUUCAGAGGAGCGUCAUGCUGGUGGCCAUGGGCUAUUUGCUGUGCGUGCAUCUGAUGCGUCAGUUCUAUGAUUACGGCUCCUAUGCUUUGGACAUUACGGGACCGCUCAUGAUCAUCACACAGAAGGUGACCAGUCUGGCGUUCAGCAUACACGAUGGCUUUGUGCGCAAGGAUGAGGACAUGACAAAGGCGCAACAGUACCAUGCCAUUAGGAAAAUGCCGUCGGCACUGGAAUACUUCUCGUAUGUAUGGCAUUUCCAAAGCCUGAUGGCCGGCCCCUUGGUCUUCUACAAGGAUUACAUUGAAUUUGUCGAGGGCUACAAUCUAUUGAAACGUCCAGCAUCAAACGCCAGCUUGGACAAUGGCAAAUCGGAAUUGGUGGUGGAGCCGUCACCUACGAAAACCGUCAUACGCAAGGUCCUUGGCAGCUUGGUGUGUGCAUUCAUUUUCAUGAAGUUUGUCAAAAUCUAUCCUGUAAAGAAUAUGAAAGAUGAUGACUUUGUUAAUGGCACCAGCAUACCCUAUAAGUUCUGGUAUGCCAUGAUGGCAACCACCUGCAUACGCUUUAAGUAUUAUCACGCCUGGCUGCUGGCCGAUGCGAUUUGCAACAAUUCGGGCUUGGGUUUUACCGGCUACGAUAAGGACGGCAAUGCCAAAUGGGAUCUCAUAUCCAACAUUAAUGUGCUAUCAUUUGAGUUUGCGUCCAAUAUGCGAGACGCGAUCAGCAACUGGAAUUGCGGCACAAAUCGCUGGCUGCGCACACUCGUCUAUGAGCGUGUGCCCAAGAAGUAUGGCACACUGUUGACGUUCACAUUGAGCGCCGUGUGGCAUGGCUUCUAUCCAGGCUACUACUUGACCUUUGCCACUGGCGCCCUGAUGGUUACAGCUGCGCGUACGGCACGUCGCAUGUUCCGACACCGCUUCCAGAGCACACAGGUUACGCGCAUGUUCUACGACAUUCUUACCUGCAUCACCACACGCAUUGUGAUGGGCUACGCUACAUUCCCAUUUGUUCUGCUUGAAUUCAUGGGCAGCAUCAAAUUGUACCUGAGAUUUUUUUUGUGCCUUCAUCUUAUUUCACUAGUGACCAUAUUUAUUCUACCAAAAUUCAUACGGGGUGAGCCGCGCACACAACGGUCCAGCAGGAGUUCCGCCGGGGCGAAUGUGCCGGUUUCCACGCAGAGCGAUGGCAAUAUUACGGCUGCUGUCGAUCAACCGCUGGCGGUGGCCGCCAGCACCGAUGAUCUCAAUGCCAAUGAUGAGAAGGAGGACGGAGUGGAGAGUAAGCAUGCUAAACGUAAUAAUGACACAAUGCCACAGCAACAACAACAGCAAUCGCUACAACACGAUCUAAAGCAGAAUCAGUCACCAAUACUCCAACCACGCCCACAGCUUCUGCAGCAGCAACAAAGUCCGAAGCCAAUACAACACCACAACGGUCAACAGAUUUGCGCUCGAGACGCGGUUAGUGUGCCGCACGAUCAGUGUGAAAUGGAUCAAUUGUCCAGCAAGCUGAAGGAGAAGAUUGAAGCGGAAACCAAAAAUAUUGAGGAAUUUAUCGAUAAGACUGUUACCGAAACUGUUAGCGGCAUCGUUGAGUUUAAAAACGAUCUGAUGCGCGACAUUGAGUUUCCCAAACUGAAGCUAGCCGCCGGCUCAGUUAGUAGCGGUGCCGCCAAUCUGGUGGACGCUGCUGCCGCCGGUCUACGCAAACGCAACAUAUCCUCUGCCCACGAUAGCAACAGCAACAACACAAACAACACUAACACCGCCAAUGCAUGCGCCGACCAUGCCCCCGAGGAGAACAGUGGUGCGUUCUUGAAGAAGGAAAUCGAUGCAAUCAAUGCUGUCGUCCAGCAGGCAAAUGUUUUGCCGGCUGUGCUCAGCAAUGGUCAUGCCAAAUAGUAGCUGGUUAAUGGAUACAAAUGCCAGCUGCAUUAAUCUGGACAAUUAACAAUUGAUGAUGAAUCGGCUGGGAUUGGUCUAUUGGGGAGACAUAGGGAGUAGGUGCUGCACACACACAGACACACACACACACAUACGACACUCGCGGAACAAUCGCACACUCUGAAACAAAAACUAAAACACUAAACGCACACAAAAUUAUGAAGAAUUAUUAUGGAUAAACCUAAAAUAUAUAUUUUGGUUUCAACAAUAUUAUUUAUAAAAGAAAUCAAUUUAAAAAGAGUUUAUAAAUUGUUUUUACAAUGCAUGUAUGUAUAAUUGAUGAUAUAUACACAUAUAUAUAUAACAAACGAAUUAUUGUAUAGUUGUCUAAACUAACUAGCCAAAAUAAUAGUUAAGUACAACAAAGGAUAUCGAUUGAUUCAUGUUCAAGUGUUUUUUGCUCAUCAAUUUGUAUGUAUGUUUACCAUUAUUAUUAUUGUGAGCAACAGUAAAUGAAUAAUGCUAUAUGAAAUGAGUAUGAAUUCGAAGAUGAAUAUCAUUUUUUGUAUAUUGAAAUAUCUAAAUGUGCUUCUUUAAAUGAUUACGUAUAAUUGUUGUUAAUUGUAUGUAAAACUAUGAUGCAUGUAUUUCGUUGUUGGUUUGUUAAGCGUGAGCCACGUCGUAAUGGAUACUUAUGGUAUCCACAUAUAAAAAAUGUAUGUAUUUAAGAAUUCUUCCACUAUGUACAAUUUGUUUACAUGUUUACCAUAUAGUCUAUGUAUGUACAAGUGCAAAAACAAACGAUAAAUGAUAACUAGGAACAGCUUAUUUUAACCAUUCUUUAUAUAUGUAUACAUAUAUAUGAAGAAGGGAGAAACCCCACAAAGCGCAACGCGCACGAACAAAACGUAAACUAAUCUUACAAAAACGGCACCAAUCAAAUCCUCUUUCCAGCCUUUAAAUAAAACUGAAACAAAUAUGAAUUGAAAAAGAAAUAUCACAUUUAAAAUAACAAAUAACAAGUCAACCAAAACUCAACUUUAGACUGAAGCUAUUGAAAAGUAAAUACUGAAUAUGAAGCAAACAAAAACGAAACACGCGUAGUUCAAGUUAGUUAUUAAGGAACAUUAAUUUUAAACCUGUUCGAUAUUAAUAUUAUUUGUUGUUCACAUAUUUUUUUCUUGCAAUAUAUGUAUGUGUGCCUGUGUGACAAGAACAACUAAAACAAUACAGAGACUGUUGAGACAGACGAGCAGCCUCAAUGAUCUUUGUACUCCCCCCCUAUCUUCCCCAGCAAUAUUGCUGGACUUUUUGUAUGUUUAUAUUCAAAUCAAACCUCUACUCCUUUUUGUAGCUUAAGCACAUUUCACUCCUACUACUACUAUGCGUAUAUAGUAAUUUGUUUAAACCAUUUUUUUGUUAUAUUGAAAUAAAUGUAAUCAUCACACACAAGUA